GAGCUCUGUUUUCUUCGCUCUCCCAGCAGCGAUGAAACCAGAGGUGAAAGUCGAGACAUAAAACCGUUUGUUCGCGCUGAGAUAUAUUUUUGCCAGAGGCUAGCCUGGUGAGGUCGAAGCUCUCCGGUGGUUUUGUCGAAGACAUCUGUGUAAGACGGGAACCCGAGCAAGCUGAGAGAGACAGAAGUGGGUUUGUCGGCCCACUGCAGUCUGAAUCACCGGAGACUCGCCUCAUUGCUGGUUCAUCAUCGACGCAGUUGGCCCAUCGACGUGCGCAUCCUCUCGGAGGCAGAAAGCAAACGGGAAGGGACGGGACCCAAAGCCAGUGUUUGGCCCUCUGCCGCAGCCCCGAGGUGCGCUGCUUGGCAGGGCAUGCUAAAUAAUGAGCCAAAGGGACACACUGGUUCAUUUGUUCGCUGGAGGAUGUGGAGGUACAGUGGGCGCUAUUUUGACUUGUCCUCUGGAAGUGGUGAAGACCAGACUGCAAUCCUCUUCCAUCACUCUCUACAUCUCUGAAGUCCAGCUCAGCACUGUUAACGGAGCCAGUGUGGCCCGUGUCACUCCACCAGGCCCUCUGCACUGUCUCAAGUUAAUUCUAGAGAGAGAGGGGCCGCGUUCACUUUUCAGAGGAUUGGGACCCAACCUUGUAGGUGUGGCACCUUCCAGGGCGAUCUACUUUGCGGCCUAUUCAACAGCCAAGGAGAAGCUGAAUGGGGUGCUGGAGCCAGAUUCUACCCAAGUGCACAUGGUGUCAGCUGGGAUGGCAGGGUUCACCGCCAUCACAGCCACCAAUCCCAUCUGGCUGAUCAAGACCCGUCUGCAGCUGGAUGCCAGAAACCGGGGUGAGCGGCGAAUGAAUGCAUUCGAGUGUGUGCGGCGGGUGUACCAGAUGGACGGCCUGCGAGGUUUCUACAGGGGCAUGUCAGCCUCAUACGCUGGCAUCUCUGAGACUGUUAUCCAUUUUGUCAUCUAUGAGAGCAUCAAACGUAAACUGCUGGAGUCCAAGGCCCACGCCAGCAUGGACGAAGAGGACGAGUCUGUAAAAGAUGCCUCAGACUUUGUGGGCAUGAUGCUUGCAGCAGCCACCUCCAAAACCUGUGCCACCUCCAUCGCCUACCCUCAUGAAGUGAUCCGCACACGGCUACGAGAAGAGGGCAGCAAGUACCGCUCCUUUUUCCAAACUCUACUUACGGUACCCAGGGAGGAGGGAUACCGGGCUCUGUACCGUGGCCUAACCACACACCUUGUCAGACAGAUCCCCAAUACCGCCAUCAUGAUGUGCACCUAUGAAGUGGUGGUCUACCUGCUUGGCUGUUAGCCCACUAGGCGUAUCUCCUUCCUGUUUAAAGGGGGAGACAGUUAUCAAAUGACUGACAAGGAUCGCCUUUGGCAAGCGGGGAUGACAUGUCUAAAUGAAGACCAAAGGAAAACCGAAGAUACUCUUGUGGACCAGGAAAGGACAAAUGGAAAAAACAUGAAGAAAAAGGAAGGAGGAAAUUGUUAUCAUAUCAGCAUCACCACCUCCAGUUCCCUUUAUCAGGCUGCUGGAACAGAUAGAGGGCGAUAUAGGUCACAGAAGAGGUGAUAUGGGUGAGAGGGGGAGCUGACCGGAACGAUGCAGAAAACAGAAGGUACCUCUGAGGGAAAAGAGUUUAAGCACAUUUCAGUGGCCUUAAGAGAAAUGGUUUUGGUUUGCAUCCUUUGAGUGAAGAGCUCAAUACUGCAUUUUCACUCACAUAGAGAUGACAUUGUGAAGGGGAAUGCUUGGAGACAGCUGAACUUGGCAUAACUAAAUGUAGGUAAAUUUCAAUAAUCCAAGAAUCUCAACUUGGCACCAUCAGUCCACACCAGUCUGCUGUUGCUUCAGUGCUGUGAAACUACUGUAUGAUUAACUGAAUAGCAGUUAAAGAACGUUCAUUUAGGGUCGAAUGUGAGAAGGACGUUUUCAUUUCAAACAAAGAUGUGACUGGUUUUGAGUCACCUAAGCCCACCCAUCAUAACACUACAGAGAGUGUGGCUUCAAGCAUUCCCCUCUGAACGCUGCAGCCGACCCGCCUAUCCCCCCCGGUGGCCUGAAGUUCACGCAGGUCAGUCCAAGACAAUGAUGAGCUUGUGAUGGCCUGUCACUCAUAACACAUGCCUCAGACACUAACUAGUGUUUAUGAAGAGUAGGUUGAAAAGCUGACUUUAAUUCAGUGUUUGAUUAUAGCUCAAUGCCUGGCGGUGACAAGGUUUGGCUGAAGUUGGCCAGUGGCUUUGACAGUUUGCUGAAAUGUAAGAGAUUGCAAAGAUGGCCAGCUUCUUCCUGCGCCCAGUCACUGCUCAGGACCUACAAGUCUUGUGUGAAAACAUGAAACCAGUGUGUCCUUUCUGAGAUGUGAAGUGUGUGACUGUCCAAAAGGUACCAAGUAUCUAGCAUUAGAGUGCCGCUACUUGAAUAUAAUGUGACGGUGAGGGGGAAAUGUUGGAGUGGAAGAAUGUUGAUGGAGUUUCAUCAACACCCCAUAACAUGUUUGUGUGCGUGUGAAUGUGUAUGUGAGUCUUAACAUGUCACUUUCAUCCUGAUGGUCUAUGUUCAAGAGUCUGUGUGUAUGUGUGUGUGUUUGUGCAUCUGCUGUCAUGUGUGCCUGCAUGUAUAAUAAAUAUCUACUCCAGAUUUCCCUCCUCUAACUAUUAAUCUUGCAAGACACUGCGGGUGUGGAGAAGCUCCUGUACAAUACUGGGAGCUUUCAUUCCCACUCUCAUGCCAGUCCUUCCUUCCAGUGGCUUCCAUCUGACCUGAUAACAUGCACUUUUGUGGCCUUUCAGGGCUUGUGCUUUGCAUUUUAUUGUGUGGACAGUUUAAACUUGUACAUUGUAAAAGAAAAAAAGUAUUACUGUAUAUCAAAAUGGUAUUUUGCGCAACUGUUCUUAUAGCAGAUAUAUUGUACAGAUUAGAGUUCUCAGUAGUUGUAACAAAUGUCCAAAUGUGUUUAUAUAAUAUAGAUACUGUAUAUGCAUAUCAUCUGUUUUGUUUUUUUUCUUAGGCCCAGGUAUGAUCAUGCUCUAGUUUGCAUUUGCAAAUGAUUGUUUUCAUUUUUGUGCAAUUUAACCUUGUUUUGACAUGGGCUGUUAUCGUGAAUCUUGAAAUUGCUCGACUGAUUUUUUCAGUCAAGCAGUUGAUUCAGUUUUCACUUUUUGUUGUUUUGUUUCUGCAUUUGUAUGUUGCUGGAAGCUGUCAUGCAGACAUUUGUGCAUACAUGAAAGCUAACAAAAGCUGCAGUACAGAUACGUUCAUGUUAGCUUGUUGUUUGUGGUGGAGCCUUGGUUAGUCAUUUUACAGUGUUCAUAUAAAGUUUGGAUGUUUCCGUCAUUCCUGAUGUUUACAUUGAUCCUUAGUGUCUGUCAGAAUUAUUUUUUGGCUCUGCCUGCAACAUGUUUUGAAUAUCUAGAUGGAGGCGUUUUAAUGUGAGAGUUCAAGAACUGGAAUCUGUGCAGAGUGCCAUAGCGAGCUGGGAUUGUGAAAGACUAAAUGUGAGAGAUCUAAUCUGUUACCAAAGAGGUUGUCUGAGAGGCAGUAAAUGUAUUCCUUUAAGCUAUCAAAAAGUUCAAAAAGUUCACAUGGCA